AUGUGCUCGCACCGCCACCGCCACCGCCUCGGCCACCGCCAGCGGCAGAAGGUGCGCCGACGAGGCGGCUCCAAACAGCACAAGCAGCGACACCAGGAUGUUCUCGCAGCCGUCCAAGGACCCCAUGUGGACGUUGAGGCGCUUCAGAGGUUGGCGUUUGAAAAGGGUGGCUUCCUCACCGCAACUGUGCGGAAGGUGGCAUGGUGUCGGUUGCUCGGCGUGAACCCAGGCGCGACCGCCACAUUUCCAGAUUGCCUGGAUAACACGUAUUCCAAACAGAUCAAGCUGGAUGUGGAUCGAUCGUUAUGGCAGUACACAUCCGACUCUGAGCGUGAGGCAAUGCGUCAACGCCUAUCCAAGAUCAUCAACGCCCUCAUGACCAAAUACCCAGACUUGCACUACUACCAGGGAUUGCAUGAUGUGGUGGCUGUGCCUUUGAUAGAGCUUGACAACGACGAUGCCACCUUCAACAUCAUGUGCCGCUUGUGUCGAUGUCAUCUUAAAGCGUUCAUGGGCAGUGAUCUGUCCACGGUGACACCGGUGAUGCACCUCACCCUCGUCCUCAUACAACAGCGCGAUAUCCCGCUCUUCCGCUUCCUCUCAAAUGCGCAGAUUGGCGGGGAGUUUACCAUCAGCUGGGUGGUGACGUGGUUCUCGCACGUGCUCAACCACCACCAGGACCGCUGCCGUGUCUUUGAUGCCUGCCUCGCUUCCCACCCUUACUUUGUCGUCUACCUCGCGGCCGCUAUUGUGCUGUCCCAGAGCGAGCAACUUCAGGCGUUGGAGUGCGACUUUGCCUCUGUGUACCAGCACCUUACCAAGCUUGGUCCCCUCGACUGGGAGGCGGUGCUUGCGGAUGCAAAGUCGCUUGAGGACGAAAUAGCGCCUGCGCGGCUGCUGCGGUUAUGUGACAAGGCAGAGUUUCGGCGCAUGCUUCGAACAAGCGAUGUGGAUGCACGAUAUCGGGCGCUGUUGGCGGAGGCGAGAACGCGCAAUACCGCUGCAGUAGACACGUUUGAUGAUAUCAGGGUGUCGAGCGGCUACUACUUGUCGCUGCGCCAUCUCGCCGCGUUCACGGGCGCCGUCACGCUCAUCGUCGCCAGGCAGAAGACUUGCCAACAGCCACCACCACCACCACCACCAACACGCGAUCUCAUGCGGUUCCAAGACGUUGCGAGGGAGCUGGGGGAAGAUGAGGACACGAAGCGGGAGCGGCUUGUGAAGACCACGACGAGCUGCUUCCAGAGCACGGUCAAGGACGCCGACACGGCCGAGUACUGCGCCGCAAUUGCGCUGGAGGUGCUGCUGGAACGCAUCGCGCUCAUGCUGGACGGGGAGGAGGACGUUGGCGACGGCGAUGACGCUGGCGACGACAGGGUGGUGCGGGAUGAUGGCGAGGUAGCUGGCAAUGAGGAUCAGGCCCACGUGCCGCUGGAGGCGCGGUCAACUGCGGAGAUGAUCACGGCUGCGGAGGAGGGCGCAUAUCUGCUGUCGUCGGACCGGGCGGAGCAGCUGGCCCAGAGCGUUGUGGAGGAGACGUUGUUGGAUGCCGGGUUUGAUGCACAGGCGUCGUUUGCGGUGGCAACCGCGUUUGAGGCCAGCAGCAUCGUGCAGCAGGCUGCACGCUUGCUUGUGAUGGCAUAUGCACAACAUCUCCGGCACCCCGUGUUCAAGCAGGGGCAGCCGUGCUACGUGUACCAGUUUGAGCAUGAAGAGUACUUCCCAGGCCACGUCAUGGACGUCUUGGGCGAUGACAAGUACCGUGUCCAGCUCGACGGCUUCCACACCGUCGUACGUUAG